CACCAACUGCGGGACAAGCAGUUAACUACCGAACUCCCUUGUUCGAAGCUUACGACCAGUUCAGCUGCCGCUAAGUACCAUUCCUAUUGUUAAAGGACCUCAGAUCAUGGGUAUUUUACGUUCAGUAGGACGUGUUGUGGUGGACAUAACUGUACUCCUGUUGGUUCUAGUUUUAUUACCAGGUCUUCCCCCAGAUGUGAAAUUUUCAUAUUAUGAGGUAGAUAAAACGUUACCCUUUGAGGGACCAUUGGCAAAGAAUGACUUACUUAACGAUGCUGGACGCAUUUUAGAUGGCAAGAUAACUGGUCCUGAGUCUGUAGCUUCUCGGGACCGAUAUGAGUUGUUCACAAGCUUGCACAAUGGAAAAAUCCUGAGAGUAUGGGGAAAGAACUUUGACCAUUUUCAAACUGUUGCUACUAUUGGACCAGGUUGUGAUGGACCUUGGCAAGAGAGUAUUUGUGGGCGUCCGUUAGGUCUGCGCUUUGCACCAGACGGCAAACUGAUAGUGGUUGAUGCAUAUCUAGGACUGUUUGCCCUUGAUGUUGAGACUGGUGAGCGAAUUUGA